CUUGGGUUCCAGGAGCAUCUUCUGAGUCCCUCUCCACCAUGAAGCUCACCAUCACCUUCUUGCUGUUUGGCAUGGCCCUGCUCAGUGAUUCUGGUGCUGCUUUCUUUGUGGAUUCAGUGGCCAAAUCAGUGGCUGAACCUGUGGGGGCUCUUGCACCAGCUGCAGAAGCUGUGGCUGGGGCUGUGCCCAGCGUACCCUUAAACUACUUCAACCUCCUGAAGUUCAUACUCGCCGGCCUGGGCAUCCCAAUGGAUCACCUCAUAGAGGGUUCCAGGAAGUGUGUCACCGAGCUGGGUCCUGAGGCCGUGGGGGCCAUCAAGACACUGCUGGGGACCCUGACUCUACUUGGUUAAGAUGAGCCUGGAGAAACCCCAC